GCAGCGGGUGGGCGGGGAAGAUGUCUGAGCGGGGAGAAGCGCCGGCGGCGGCGGCGGGAGCGGGCGGCGAGAUGCCGGCCAAGAAGCAGAAGCUGAGCAGCGACGAGAACAGCAACCCCGGCGACCUGUCCGGCGACGAGAACGACGAUGCUGUUAGCAUUGAAAGCGGUACCAACACAGAACGCCCUGACACCCCAACAAACACUCCUAAUGCACCAGGAAGAAAAAGCUGGGGGAAAGGAAAAUGGAAGUCAAAGAAGUGCAAAUAUUCCUUCAAAUGUGUAAAUAGCCUAAAGGAGGACCAUGGUCAGCCUUUGUUUGGAGUUCAGUUUAACUGGCACAGUAAAGAAGGAGAUCCUCUUGUUUUUGCCACUGUAGGCAGCAACAGAGUUACUUUAUAUGAAUGUCAUUCUCAAGGAGAAAUACGUUUGCUACAGUCCUAUGUGGAUGCUGAUGCAGAUGAAAAUUUCUAUACCUGUGCAUGGACAUAUGAUAGCAAUACAAGCCAUCCUCUCCUGGCUGUGGCAGGGUCCAGGGGUAUUAUUAGGAUAAUUAAUCCUAUUACAAUGCAGUGCAUAAAGCAUUAUGUAGGCCAUGGAAAUGCAAUCAAUGAACUGAAAUUCCAUCCAAGGGAUCCAAAUCUCCUCUUAUCUGUAAGCAAAGAUCAUGCAUUGAGACUGUGGAACAUCCAGACAGACACGCUGGUUGCAAUAUUUGGAGGAGUAGAAGGGCACAGGGAUGAGGUGUUAAGUGCAGAUUAUGAUCUUCUGGGUGAAAAAAUCAUGUCCUGUGGGAUGGAUCACUCUCUGAAACUCUGGAGAAUUAAUUCCAAGAGAAUGAUAAAUGCCAUCAAAGAGUCCUAUGAGUACAAUCCAAAUAAAACCAACAGGCCUUUUAUUUCUCAGAAAAUUCACUUUCCUGACUUUUCUACCAGAGACAUACAUAGGAACUAUGUUGACUGCGUACGGUGGUUGGGAGAUUUAAUCCUUUCCAAGUCUUGUGAAAAUGCCAUUGUGUGCUGGAAACCUGGCAAAAUGGAAGAUGAUAUAGAUAAAAUCAAGCCCAGUGAGUCAAACGUGACCAUACUUGGGAGAUUUGAUUAUAGUCAAUGUGAUAUUUGGUACAUGAGGUUUUCCAUGGAUUUCUGGCAAAAGAUGCUUGCUCUGGGCAAUCAGGUUGGCAAACUUUAUGUUUGGGAUUUAGAAAUAGAGGAUCCUCAUAAAGCCAAUAAUGCCAAGAAGUCCCAGAUUUAUUUGGGGCAUGUUGUGCUGGGCACUGUGUAGAUAGAGAAAAAGAAAGUUUGGUCUUCAGAGAGUUUUCAAACUGACUAGGUGGAGAAUUUAAAAGUAAUUGAGAAGUGCCAACUGAAUAUAGCAGGUGACAAAACAGGUAAAGGACUAGAAUAAUGAGAGUACAUAGGUUAGCUCUAAGAAUAAUGGGGAGGAAACAGUAUGGCCUUCCAGUCCCUCUGUGCCUGGCCAGGUGAUUCAUUGCAUAUUUCCAUAUGUUUUUAAAUAUACGAUGUUCCUGGAAAUGUUGCAGUCUUUAAUCACCCAAUUAUGAUAUUUUAUUCCUAGACAUUAGAAAAGAAAGUUGAUUAGAAAAUCCUAAAUAUGCUUUUAGUUAACACUUCAAUGUAAAAUGGAUGAAUGGGAAAAUCAGGUGGUAUAGAAUGGGCAGGAACUUGCUGCUUUCCCAAAUCCAGAUUUCGAAUACAAUAUAUACUCUGAAAAAUAUAAUCCUGCUGCCCUUCUAAUCCAGUGUACGUGAUGUAAGUAAGAAGUUGGGGAAACAGCAAUCUAUAAUGUAGUAGCAAGUGCAGAUUUAACAUAUUUAAUACUGCAGCUGAAUUAAUUUUUUCUU